CCUUCUCUAGCCUCUAAAACUUGCAAAACAAAAGCUGCAAAAGCUUCAGCGAUAAGAUAAUACCUGCUGUUCUGUGGGGGUAAACAGCGAUAUAAAAGAAAAUGGCAACACUUUAUAAGAUAUGAGUUUAAUUGGCAUUCUGCGUCGUUACUCGCGAAGAACAGCCAGUUGAAGUUAAUCCAUCUCCGGCUCAGUUUGUUCUUUUCUUCUCUAAGCAUGGAAGUUUUUGAUAUAUUUUAUAUAUCUUUACUGUGUCUCCUAGUGACCCUUCUUUGCUACAAGAGCCGGAAAAACCUAAACUCCGGGGAGUACGAUGCCCAGAGCUAUGUGGCGGAGGGCGUGUCCGGUUCGGGGUCCGGGUUUCCAGACCGACAAGGUAAUGUCUUUAGCACGGAGGAGCGGCCAAACAACCGCUAUGGCGACAUAUUCUUCAUUGAACCGGGCAGCGAGGAGGCCAAUCGCAUUCGCGAUCAGCUGGAGAAGGAUGAAAAGGAUCUGCCCAGCUAUGAUGAAGUGAUGCGCAUGUGUAACCUGACCACACCCACCGCUGCUGCCGGUGGCGCGGGAGCUCCAGUCACAGUGCCAUCACAGUCGCCGCUUGGCGAUCCCGCUGCUCCCAUUGGGAUUGCGGCGCUUCCAGCUCCACCGUACUCGGAGACAGAUCCGCAUUCUCCAGUUGCCGGAGCAGCCACAGUGAUCACAAUGGAGCCCAUCGAGCCAUCCACAUCCCGAGCCGCCCAGACCCCAACCAGUCCUGCCUCCGCGGCAGCACCAGCAGCGGGAUACCAGAGGCCCGACACCUCCAUUGUCCUGGCAGCGAACGUGGCCAGCGUUUGAGGAGGACCGGGGGAUAUGGAACCUAAAGCAUUCGUGCCGUGCCACUCUUCUGGGCCACACAGAUGCCAGUUUGUGUGCGCUUUCCCUACAGAAAUGAACCUGUGUGAUCUUAUUGAGUACAUACCUAGUUAAGGGCUAGCGAUUAAGUGUGAGAGCUAUUGUAAAUACAUAUUUAUAGAAUCUAGGUUUGCAAAUUAAAGUGAGUGAGUUAAUAGAAA